CGCUGCCAGCACUGGACAGCCUUGACACUUUACAAGAAUUCCCCUAUAACUUUUGGAAAAAACGUGCUGGUUCUGCAGCUAGCUUAACGGAGGAAUAUGAUACGUUCAAUAAGUGUUCAUAGUUGUAACUGUCAAUGUUAAGAGGGCAGAUUCUUUGAAAAUCAGUAUGAACGUAAAGGGUCUCCGCGCGGUGUUACUGGUGUUUGUCACUAUAAGUACAGAGCCCCGCAAAUCGGAGUCUGCGGCGUGUCAUGGUUGUGGGACUGGACCAAAGUGUGACUGCAGUGGGGUGAAAGGACAGAGGGGUGAGCGAGGGAUUCCAGGUUUAAUGGGCCAAUCAGGUGUUCCAGGUUUCCCAGGACCAGAAGGGCCGAUCGGACCUCGUGGAGAGAAGGGUGAUGAUGGAACUACCGGACCGAGUGGGCCUAAAGGAAUAAGAGGACCUCCUGGAUUACCAGGCUUCCCAGGAACAUCAGGAAUCCCAGGUCUCCCAGGACAGGAUGGCCCCCCAGGCCCCAAAGGAGUUCCAGGCUGUAACGGAACCAAAGGUGAACGAGGAUUCACAGGAAGUCCAGGUCUUCCAGGUUUAGUGGGUUCACCAGGUCCACUAGGUUCUAUAGGACAAAAGGGAGAGCCUGGGGAUGUCAUAGAAAUUAAUCGGCCUUCAGAAAAUGGGGAUCCUGGCAUUAAUGGUUUACCAGGCUCCAGGGGUAAUCCUGGACCCCCGGGUUUUCCAGGUCCUGUUGGUCCUUCUGGUCCACAAGGGUACGAGGGGCGUCCAGGCCCUCCUGGUCCACCAGGGCCAAAGGGAAACAUGGGAUUGAACUUCCAAGGACCCAAAGGAGAGAAGGGUGACUGUGGAUUACAAGGACCUCCUGGGCCACCAGGGCAGGUUGGCGAAGUAUCACGCUUACCUGAUACAGUCAUUCAACAAGGAGAAAAGGGUGAUCGCGGCCAACCUGGAAAUCCUGGUUUUCCAGGUCCCCCUGGACCCCCUGGUCCACAAGGGGACCAGAAAGGUGAGAAAGGAGAACCUGGGGAGUCUGGAAAGAGGGGAAAACCUGGCAAAGAUGGUGAACAAGGCCUCCCUGGAUAUCCAGGUGAUAAAGGAGAAUCAGGUCCUCCUGGUCUAUCGGGGCGAGAUGGUGCAAGAGGUGAGAAAGGUGAUCGAGGACCUCCUGGACCUCCAUCAUACAGGAAUGGGCCGUUCCCAGGCAUAGGUGGAAUAGGACCAAAAGGAGACAGUGGCGAGCCAGGAUUCCCUGGCACUAAAGGAGACAGAGGACUGCCAGGUAUUCAGGGGCCACCUGGUCAAUCAGGUCCUGCAGGAAUUGGAGGUCCAGGUUCUUCCGGUCCACCAGGUUUACCUGGAGAGAGAGGAGAAAAAGGUGAUGAGGGACAGCCUGGAAAUUCCCUCCCUGGACCACCUGGGAGUACAGGUCCACCAGGUUCCCAAGGAUUUCCAGGAAUUCCUGGUCCCCCAGGAAUAUUAAAUGGCAACACAGAAUGUAAUCGUGGUCCUCCUGGUCCUCCAGGCCUGCAGGGGGAGCAAGGAUUUACAGGAGGAACAGGACAGAAAGGUCAAAAAGGAGAGACAUGUGUCAAUUGUUUCACUAAUGGAAACCCUGUCCCAGGACCCCCAGGGUUUCCAGGUCCUCCUGGAUAUCCAGGGGCACCUGGUUUGCCUGGAUCUAACGGAGACAGAGGAUUCCCGGGAGGGCCAGGGCUCAUGGGCCCACCUGGAAUACCAGGACCUCAGGGUCUCCCUGGAGUCCCUGGAGAGAAGGGCGACCCAGGCGAUGCACUCUCUGUUCCAGGUGUGAAAGGAGAAAAGGGAGACACAGGCUUUCCUGGCACUUCAGGUCUGCCAGGACUCGACGGAAGACCUGGUCGUGAUGGAGUUCCCGGUCCCCCAGGCCUCAGAGGACCACCUGGUUCGGCAUUAGUGAAAGGCUCACAAGGUUCAUCAGGUGAACCUGGCUUGCCAGGAUCUCCAGGAGACAGGGGUCUGCCGGGUCCCCCAGGAUUUGGUCCUCAGGGACCUCUUGGAGAGAAAGGUAUCCAGGGUGUUUCAGGAAGAUCAGGGGCCCCUGGAGCACCAGGUCAGAAAGGUGAACCUGGGUUGGCAGUGUCAGAUAAAGGUGAACGUGGACCCCCAGGACGUGAUGGAGAUCCAGGUUUGCCAGGAAGUCCAGGUAAUCCAGGCCUACCAGGACAGCCUGGGUUCCCUGGCUUACCUGGACCCAAAGGAGAUCCUGGUCUUCCUGGUAUUGGUAUGCCAGGACCCCCUGGUUCUAAAGGAUUUCCUGGUAUUGCUGGUUCCCCUGGUGGACCUGGUAUUCCUGGACGACCAGGUUUGGACGGACUGCCUGGUCAGCCUGGAUUACCUGGACCCAAAGGAGAGCCUGGUUUUGGUCUACCUGGACCUCUAGGCCCUACAGGAUUACCAGGCAGUAUAGGGGCUCCCGGUUCUAAAGGUGAUCCUGGUUUCCUUGGAAGCCCUGGUGCACCAGGUCGUUCAGGUCUUGACGGUGCUUCUGGAUCUAAAGGUGAUCCUGGUUUUCCUGGUGGUCCUGGUUCUCGUGGCCCCCCAGGGCCCCCUGCCUUUGGCCUUCAGGGCCCCCCUGGUCCUCCUGGAGCUCCUGGCUUUAUGGGGUCUACUGGAGUUCCUGGUGCGAAUGGAGAGAAAGGAGACCGUGGCCCCCCAGGUUCGAGUUUUCCAGGGUUGCAAGGUGACAGAGGAAGCCCUGGGCUUCCUGGGCCUCCUGGUUCUGCUGGUCCACCUGGGGGUCCAGGAAUACCUGGUCAAGAUGGCCUAUCAGGACUGCCCGGGCCUAAGGGAGGCAUUGGUGGGAUGGGUGCUCCAGGACCUGCAGGUGCCCCUGGCAACCCUGGCAGACAAGGCUUUUCAGGACCAAAAGGAGAUGACGGUGUCCCAGGACGACCAGGAAGCUCAGGUUUCCCAGGAUCAAAGGGAGACAAAGGUGACCCAGGCAUUCCAGGCCCAGCUGGCCUAGGCCCACCUACAAGUCUACUUAAGGGACAAAAAGGAGAACCCGGAUCUCUAGGUUUUAGCGGACUACCAGGAGCAAAGGGUAUUCCCGGUAUCCUUGGAGAUCCUGGUCUCCCUGGGCAAGAUGGAAGGCCGGGUCUACCGGGACCUCCAGGCCUCAAAGGUGAUCCUGGUAUUCCAGGAACUCCAGGGUCUCCAGGAGCCCAAGGACUGAAGGGUAGCAUGGGGGAGAUGGGAUUACCAGGAGUUCCUGGAGUGAAAGGAAACUACGGCCAAACAGGCCAAUCUGGCCAGUCUGGUUCCCCAGGAACACCAGGGUUCCCGGGACCCAAAGGUGAUCCUGGCUCACCAGGAUUUGGAUUACCGGGAACUCCUGGGCCAAAGGGUGAACCAGGCCCUCCAGGAUUUCCUGGAACCCCUGGUCUGAAAGGCCAGCCUGGCCUUUCAGGAUCUUCAGGCUUGCCUGGUAGCCCUGGACCAAAGGGUGAUCCAGGACUCCCAGGAUUCCAAGGUGCACCUGGCAUUCCUGGCUUUAAAGGUUUGGAUGGUGCUCCAGGCGCUUCUGGUCCUAGUGGAGCAUCUGGUAGGCCAGGAGAUCCUGGACGACCUGGAUUAACUGGGCUCUCUGGUGAUAAAGGUCUUGCUGGACGUGAUGGUAUUCCAGGACCUCCGGGACAAAAGGGUGAACCAGGCACUCCAGGCCUUGGUGGCCCAGGCCCACCCGGUUUCCCCGGUUCACCAGGGACUAAAGGAGACCCUGGUUUUCCGGGUCCUGCCGGUAGUCCUGGAUUUCCUGGUCCAAAGGGUGAUGUCGGAUUUCCUGGGUUGCCUGGCCCAGUUGGUUCUGGAGGACCACCUGGGCCUCCAGGCCUGCCUGUGCAGGGACCUAAAGGUUUCCAAGGCCCACCUGGUGCCCCCGGAAGAGCUGGUCCUGCAGGUUCUCCUGGCCCUGAGGGUACCCGUGGACCUCCAGGUAGUGGAGGAGUAAAAGGUGAGAAGGGCAUGCCUGGACUCCCUGGGAUACCUGGUGCGCCAGGACUGAAAGGAGAUUACGGUCCCCCUGGCUUUUCGGGUACUCCAGGAAAUCCAGGACCUAGCGGCCUGAAAGGAGAUACUGGACCUCAAGGUGUUCCUGGAUUCCCAGGAGAUGACGGUGUCCCAGGACGACCAGGAAGCUCAGGUUUCCCAGGAUCAAAGGGAGACAAAGGUGACCCAGGCAUUCCAGGCCCAGCUGGCCUAGGCCCACCUACAAGUCUACUUAAGGGACAAAAAGGAGAACCCGGAUCUCUAGGUUUUAGCGGACUACCAGGAGCAAAGGGUAUUCCCGGUAUCCUUGGAGAUCCUGGUCUCCCUGGGCAAGAUGGAAGGCCGGGUCUACCGGGACCUCCAGGCCUCAAAGGUGAUCCUGGUAUUCCAGGAACUCCAGGGUCUCCAGGAGCCCAAGGACUGAAGGGUAGCAUGGGGGAGAUGGGAUUACCAGGAGUUCCUGGAGUGAAAGGAAACUACGGCCAAACAGGCCAAUCUGGCCAGUCUGGUUCCCCAGGAACACCAGGGUUCCCGGGACCCAAAGGUGAUCCUGGCUCACCAGGAUUUGGAUUACCGGGAACUCCUGGGCCAAAGGGUGAACCAGGCCCUCCAGGAUUUCCUGGAACCCCUGGUCUGAAAGGCCAGCCUGGCCUUUCAGGAUCUUCAGGCUUGCCUGGUAGCCCUGGACCAAAGGGUGAUCCAGGACUCCCAGGAUUCCAAGGUGCACCUGGCAUUCCUGGCUUUAAAGGUUUGGAUGGUGCUCCAGGCGCUUCUGGUCCUAGUGGAGCAUCUGGUAGGCCAGGAGAUCCUGGACGACCUGGAUUAACUGGGCUCUCUGGUGAUAAAGGUCUUGCUGGACGUGAUGGUAUUCCAGGACCUCCGGGACAAAAGGGUGAACCAGGCACUCCAGGCCUUGGUGGCCCAGGCCCACCCGGUUUCCCCGGUUCACCAGGGACUAAAGGAGACCCUGGUUUUCCGGGUCCUGCCGGUAGUCCUGGAUUUCCUGGUCCAAAGGGUGAUGUCGGAUUUCCUGGGUUGCCUGGCCCAGUUGGUUCUGGAGGACCACCUGGGCCUCCAGGCCUGCCUGUGCAGGGACCUAAAGGUUUCCAAGGCCCACCUGGUGCCCCCGGAAGAGCUGGUCCUGCAGGUUCUCCUGGCCCUGAGGGUACCCGUGGACCUCCAGGUAGUGGAGGAGUAAAAGGUGAGAAGGGCAUGCCUGGACUCCCUGGGAUACCUGGUGCGCCAGGACUGAAAGGAGAUUACGGUCCCCCUGGCUUUUCGGGUACUCCAGGAAAUCCAGGACCUAGCGGCCUGAAAGGAGAUACUGGACCUCAAGGUGUUCCUGGAUUCCCAGGACCUAAAGGACAGCCUGGCCUUCCUGGAUCUAAUGGCAACCCAGGAGAACGUGGUGGCACUGGAACACCAGGUUCUCCUGGUGAGCCAGGCUUUGCUCCAAACCCGAUUCUUUUGAAGGGGGAGCGUGGUCAAUCUGGACCACCUGGUAUCCCAGGCAGCAGAGGCCCAACAGGUCCCUUGGGAUUGCAGGGUCUUCCAGGUUCGCCCGGUGACCCCGGAGACCCAGGUCCAAUGGGACCUCCAGGAUUUACCGGCUCACCAGGAAGGAAGGGAGAUACAGGACCAGCUGGACAACCAGGUUCGCGUGGUUACCCCGGCCCUCCUGGUCCAGAAGGGAUUCAGGGCCCUCCAGGUAUCGCAGGAUCCUCGUCUGCCGCACACGGUUUUCUGAUCACGCGCCACAGUCAGACCACAGAGGUGCCAUCGUGUCCUGGAGAUACAAGACUCAUCUAUGACGGCUACUCUUUACUCUAUGUGCAAGGCAACGAGAGGGCGCACGGACAGGACCUGGGUACGGCUGGUAGUUGUCUACGUCGUUUCAGCACUAUGCCUUUCAUGUUCUGCGACAUUAACAAUGUCUGCAACUUUGCUUCCCGCAAUGACUACUCCUAUUGGCUGUCCACACCACAGCCCAUGCCCAUGAACAUGGCGCCUAUCACUGGAGAGAGCAUCAAACCUUUCAUCAGUCGGUGCUCUGUGUGCGAAACUCCAGCCAUGGUGAUUGCUAUACACAGCCAGACCAUUCAGGUGCCAUCCUGCCCGGACUACUGGGCCGUGCUCUGGAUCGGUUACUCCUUCAUGAUGCACACCAGUGCAGGUGCUGAGGGCUCAGGUCAGGCUCUUGCCUCUCCCGGUUCCUGUCUGGAGGAGUUCCGCUCGUCUCCGUUCAUCGAGUGCCACAGUCGAGGCACCUGCAAUUAUUACAGCAACUCGUACAGCUUCUGGCUGGCCACUGUGGAUGUGAAUGAAAUGUUCAGAAAGCCGCAGUCAGAGACACUGAAAGCUGGAAACUUGCAGACCCGUGUGAGCCGCUGUAUUGUGUGUAUGAAGAGGACGUAACGUAGUGACAUUUUUGCAGUCUGUUGUUAUUGUUGAGGAUCAGCCAUCACUUACAACGACUGCGGCCAUCAUGCUGAUUUCCAGUGAAGUUUCAUUGGUGCAGUAUCUUCACAUUUAACUCUAUGGUGCUACUGUGUGACACAGCAAAAGAAACUGAACAAAAUCAAUGAAUUUAUUAGUCUUUUUUAUUUUAAAGAAGUACCUCAAAAGAAAAAUGCAGAUCCAGCAAGGUGCCAUGGCAGUUGUGACAACAAUGUGCAUUAGAAUUAUUUUUUUUUCUCUAGAGAUUCUUUUCAUGUAAUAUUUUCCUACAAGAAUUUUGAUGUUGGUACACAAAUGGUACAUUUUUGGGGAGAAGCACUCUCUCGCUUUUUUCUAGUUUCUUUUCGAGUGGAAUUGUCUCCAUGUUACCAAAUCGGCACUUUAAUGGGACUGCUUUUUUAAGGCUAUAAUUUUUCCCCAAUCACUUUUUCUUCUUUAUUGGUGGUACUAACACUGCUGUAUCAGGACUUUUUUAGCAAUGUGUCAUUUGUCUCUUUUUGUAAGUAAUAAAAUAUGUAUAUUGUGUAAAACACCUUUUUAGCGUAAAAACUAAACGGUUCUUUGUUAGUAUGCUCACCACUCACUCCUUUAUUCACAUAUUAGUUCCACAUUAUUUUACACUGACAUUUGUACAAACAGUAUUUUAUAAAUAUAUAUAUUAAAAAGAAAGUAUAUAUCCAGAAACUUGAUUUGGCUGUAGGAGGGUAUUUUUUCAUUCAGUAGUUCUUCUUCAUAGCACAUAUGCGUAAAUUGAAUUGUUUUUACAGACCUCUCCUCUCUUCAGAUUUCAUUUAACCAGCAAGCACAUUUCUGUGAAAAUCAAUCAAAUACUAGUGUUAUGAAUUUGUAAACUUUUCAGUAGUUCUUAUGUGUUAUAUUAUGCCACAGUGUGGCCUGUCACUGCUUCAGAUUAGAUGAACCACUGUCUGUCAGCAAAUGUGAACAUAGACUACACUGUGGCAUAUUAUAUUAGUUACAUAAUAUAUACAUAGUUUUGUGUAUGCAUUGUGUAUCCAGAAAGUGUUAUCAACUUAAAUGACUGAAAUAAAAUAAACAAACUUUGUCUGUGAAUGGUGAACUUUUUUUAGAGUGGGAUUCUGGAUGUUUUGUUCUGGUUAGUUGCGAC